CAAGUUGUUGGUUGAAGGAAUUUUAGGAAUUUUAAGAAAGAAAGGGAUGCGCGCGGGUUCGAGAUUGAGAAUCAUGUUACCUAGUACUGGUGGUCUCUUCUUUUUCUUUUUCUUUUUCUUUUCCUUUCCCUUUCCCUUUCCCUUUUCUUGCAUCUCUGAAUUGCAGUACGCGCGGUAUGUACGUCACGUACACUUUUCGAAAACACACUUACCUAGUACUCCGUAAAUAGGAGAUCGUCGAUGAACCAUAAAAUUCUCUCGAAGAGUACGAGGAAAACAUUACAAAAACAAUAUGAGACACAGCAGAUUUGCGACCCUUGCAUGAAGACGUCGCUUGGGGCCAAGCCAAUGCUUUUUCUCGUAGGAUUUCUGGAUUCUCACAGGAUUCUCUUCUCCCAGGAUCAACAACUUCAAUUUGGGAUUCACUUAAUCGCACUCCCAUUCUCUUUCCUCUGAUCUUUGCUCGAAAUAUGAGUGCGCCAUAAUGCUUUACUCUCUCUUUAUUUCGGUGCUUCUGCCCAUCACAUUCGCUCAAUAUCCACCUAUUUCAAACCUUACUAGAAUAACUUCCCCAGUCGAUGGAAACAUCACCAUUUCUUAUAAAACACCACCAACAGGCACCUGCCAAACCGUCUUCGAUUCUCAAGAACAAUAUACAGGUUGGGUUAAUAUACCGGGAAGCUAUGCGACAAAUACAUUCUUUUGGUUUAUCUCUGCGAGGGAUCCUACAGAUCAACUUACUAUAUGGUUAAAUGGUGGGCCAGGCUCCAGCUCGAUGAUUGGACUUUUCAACGAAAAUGGUCCUUGUGAGGUUAUCAAUGUAGCCCAGGGGAAAUUUGCGACGGAAGCUAGGGAUUGGGGUUGGGACAGAGCGUCCAACAUGUUGUAUAUUGAUCAGGUAUGCAGCAUUUUGAGUUUGUCUCUGUAUCUUUUAAUCAAUUUGACGCGCAUAUCUCGAGGAUUUCUUGUGCCAGUCGAGAUAUCUGGAGUUGAUUGAAGCGCGAAGCCAUUAGUUACACUCUGAUAGCUAUGGUACGCUCUGAACUGCCUAUGAAAGCAUUGAUUAAACAUGGUUGUUCUAUUAUUAUUUCAUGCAUUCGCUACAUCUAGUUCUCUAAGCUGACGUACACACCUGCAGCCAAAUCAAGUCGGAUUUUCAUACGAUACGCCUACUAAUUGCUCCGUCGAUCUUCUUACAACAGAUCUCUAUACUCCACAGCAAACCCUUCCGAAGUCGCAGCCCGCGGAUACUUUUUUAAAUGGAACAUUCAGCUCUUUGAAUGUGAAUAAUACAGCCAAUACUACGCAGUUAGCGGGAAUGGCUAUAUGGCACAUGCUUCAAGGAUUUCUUGGAGCAUUUCCACAGUAUGCUCCAAAUAAUAAAUCUGCUAUGAAUAUUCAUUUGUUCGCGGAGAGUUAUGGUGGAAAGUAUGGACCAGCUUUUGCGACCCUCUGGGAAGAGCAGAAUGCAAAGCGCGCGAACGGCACCAUAUCGCAAAGCAAAACCAUUGAUAUUAAACUCAAAUCACUUGGAAUAAUUAAUGGUUGUGUGGAUGACCUAAUUCAAGCUCCUUACUAUCCCGACUUUGCAGUCAAUAAUACCUUCGGUCUCAGUGCCAUCAAUCCAACAAGGGCGAAACUGGCGACUGCAAACUUCUAUGCUUCUGGUGGCUGCAAGGAUUUGAUCACUCAAUGUCGAACCGCCGUGGAAAGCCAGGAUCCCACAAAUAAGGGGAAUGUUUCAAAUGUUAACAGUGCUUGUUCCAAUGCGUAUAACAGUUGUGUAACGAAUGUGAUGGAACCAUACUAUGACGCUGGAAGGAGUGUUUAUGAUAUUUCUCAUAAUCUACCUGAUUCUUUUCCACCUAGCACAUACCUCGAAUACCUCAAUUCGGCCCAAUUUCAAUCUGCUAUUGGCUCACCAGUCAAUUACACCGAGACAAAUUUUCAAGUCGUUUCUGCUUUUACAUCCACUGGAGACUAUGAGCGCAAAUCUUACGUACCAGAAAUAGCUGCGCUUGUGAAAUCUGGGAUUCAUGUUGGAUUGAUGUAUGGGGACCGUGAUUACAUUUGCAAUUGGUUUGGUGGUGAAGCCAUAUCUUUGGCUGUUGCAAAACAGGCUUCUUCGGAAUAUGCCUUGAAGUUUCCAGCUGCUGGUUACGCUCCUAUCAUAACCAACACUUCUUAUAUUGGUGGUGUUGUCCGGCAGUUUGGAAAUCUCUCCUUCAGUCGCAUUUACGAUGCAGGUCACAGUAUCCCAGCCUACCAACCCGAGACCGCCUUCCAGGUCUUUGCCCGAAUCAUAAUGGGUACCUCGGUUUCAACGGGAGAAACGAUCGACUCGACUGUGUAUAAUACCACUGGUCCUCUCAAUGCCACCCAUACCACAAGUCUCCCAGCAUCCCCUACAAAUACAUGCUAUCUCCGCAGCAUCCCUGAAACAUGCACAGAAGAGGAGAGAGAUAUGAUUAUUGCCGGAAAGGGUGCGAUUAUCGAUGGAGUACUUUAUAGUGAUUCCUCGGAUUACAGUGCCCCUACGAGUACAAUAACAGUAGCAAGCUCAGGGAGUGCUAGAACUGCAUCAGUCACGACUACUACAGAAAUCCUGACGGGUCUUUUUACCGCCACUGCGACACCAAGUCCUAGAAGAUCGUUUGCGGUUCCAGUGGCAAAAGUAGAUUUUACGGUUUUGGUAUCAUCUAUAUUUGGCGCAUUGGGACUUUCGUAUUCCUUCAUCUGAGCAUCAUAUAUAUGUACGUGGGGAUUAAUGUUUGACUUCUCUCCUCGUCCUUGUGAGACAACUACAGCAUACUGUACUUCUGGAAGAUUUACAAGCUAAACCGAACCUGAAUUACAUGGUAAUCAUAAUCGGUAUUAGAUCAGCAUCGGCAGCGGGCAUGGAUAUUGGGAAGAGGGAAGAGGAUACCAAAUUCGCGUCUUAACUCAGCGGCGCAACAGUCACGUUGCAUCCCCAUGUCAUCACAUUGGCCACUGAAGAAAAUAUUUCGCCCAACCAACUACCUUAAAUAGCGUUAUGGUAGUCGACGGAAAUUUCCACUUCUACGCUCCCACUUCAUAAACAAUUAAUUGCAUUUAUGCAGCGUAAAGCCUAUACACAGAACGACACAGCAGAUGAAUUUACGAUACACCAGACUCUUAUCUCUUGCGGGGGUCUCUAUCCAAUACCUUGAGAAAUACUACACCGCAUGAGUUAUACCUCGAGCAUAUUUUGUAAUAGCUGCUUGUUGAGGCGCUCACGGACUGGCUGUAUGAAUGAACGAAUGAAUGAAUAGGUAGACAGAUGAAUGAAGGCAUACAUGUAUGUAUGCAUAUAUACAAUAUACCCUUCCCUAGGUACCAUGCGUAUGUGUGUAUGUAUAUAUACAAACAUAUCAUAUAAUAAAUACUUUCAUCAAGGGAAAUUCCAAGCAGGCGCGUUUAAAUUUGUCAAUUUGUCUUGGUCUUGGGGAUUACUUGGCUAGGUAGUUUGGUUUGGUCUGGUUUGCUUCGGAAUGCUUCGGAAUGGAAUAGGAUUUAAUUCAAGGUUGAAGGUUGAUGAAUGCGAUUGAAGAAUAUAAAGGUGAUGAUGAUCAACUUAUCGAGGAAUAGGUACCUACCUACCUAAUAAGUAAUGGAUGGAUGGAUGGAUGGAUGGAUGGAUUCAAUAUUAGGUAUUUAGGUACCUAGGUAGGGGAUGAUAAUGAAAUGAAAUAGAAUGAAAUGAAGUGCAUAUGAAAA